GGGAUGUUCCUAACAACGUCUCGGCUUCAGUUCGACCUCGGCUGGGGAUGUUCCAGCUUGAGGUGGCAGGCUCGCUCGAGCUCGGCUGAUUGACAGCCCUACCGCUCAGGGGCUCCGCACCUCAGGUUCAUAUCCUUUCCCUUCUCUCGGACUCUCUCCUCCCUGGGAUCCCCUCCUCCGUUGCUCUUCCUUCCCUAGCGGCGGCGACUGGAGAGCGGCGGUGCCAUUUGUCACGUCUUCGUCCAGCCCUUCGCCGGCGACGAGCAUCCUCCAGCACCUGGUUUUCAGAGCGAGCGCAAGGAGCGGUGAUGCAGAGGCUGGGGGAUUUCAGGCUGCCUCCCUUCUUCAACUACCCGCCUUACUUCACUUUGCAGCCUGUGCGCGAAACUCGGGAAAAGCAAGUCCAGUUAUGGAAAGAUCUGAUACUUGAUUACUGUAGAAGUCAAAAGAUACAUACAAUAUCCCUGGAAGAAGAUUUCCCCUUGUUCUCCAAUCCAAAGAUCGAGAGAUCUCUUAGCCAUGAAGCAAAGGAAGUGUUCCUUGCAGCUCUUGUUAGUGAAGGUCGUGCGGAGUGGAUGGACAAAGGUCACAAGAAAUGCCUCAUUCUUUGGCUAAGAAUACAGGAUUGGGCCAAUUUGAUAUUAAAUUUUGUAAAGGAUAAUGGAUUGGAAGUAAUGACCGUUGAAGAAAUACGCUCUGGAAUCGAUACUCGUGGAACUGAACUCGAGGGAAUCAAUCGUGGUGUUCUCAUGCGGGCUCUGCGGCAAUUGGAACAGAAAGGCAAAGCAGCUAUCUUCAAAGGCACUUCGGCCGACGACGAAGGCGUGAAGUUUUCUGUGUAAAUUUCUUUGUGAUCCUCAAACUGGCAGGCAAAUAAAACUGACCGAUCAGUAGUGUCUUUGAACAUGACCUGAAAAAUCACAUCGUUGUUGAGUAGCGGUAUUUUUUUUUCUGCA